CGCCACCAGCACCGAAUGCUCCUCCGCUCGGACUCGGGCUGUCCCCUGGCCGGCUCCGCCGCUCCCCUAUUGGCUCCCGCCGCCCCUUGCCCGCCCCAUUGGCUCCGGCCGCCAGCUGCGGCGUCGCGGUUGGCCGAUCCAGGUGUCAAUCACGGCGGAGCCCCCGGGAGUGCCCGCCUCCGCUGUUAUCAGGUUAGUGUUAGCCGCGGUGCUGGGGCUCGGGAUUCCAAGCGGAGCUGGUUGAGCCCUCAAAGUCCCUCACCGCGCUGGCUUUGGGGGGGUCUCCACUGGUGUCAAUACAAAAGAGGAGCUGAGCAAAGCGAGAGACUCCUGCUAACCAGGGACAUGGACAUGAAGAAAAGGAUCCACUUAGAGCUGCGGAACAGGACGCCCUCAGAUGUUAAAGAACUCGUUCUUGACAACUGUAGGUCAAAUGAAGGCAAAAUUGAAGGACUCACAGAUGAGUUUGAAGAGCUGGAAUUCUUAAGUACAAUCAACGUAGGCCUAAGCUCAGUUGCAAACUUACCAAAGUUAAACAAACUUAAGAAGCUCGAACUAAGCGAUAACAGAAUCUCAGGAGGACUGGAAGUAUUGGCAGAAAAGUGUCCAAACCUCACGCAUCUAAACCUAAGCGGCAACAAAAUAAAAGAUCUCAGUACAAUAGAACCUCUGAAAAAAUUAGAAAACUUGAAGAGUUUAGAUCUUUUCAAUUGCGAGGUAACCAACUUGAACGACUACAGAGAAAAUGUGUUCAAGCUCCUCCCACAACUCACGUAUCUCGACGGUUAUGACCGGGAUGACAAAGAAGCCCCAGAUUCCGAUGCAGAGGGCUAUGUGGAGGGCCUAGAUGAUGAAGAGGAGGAUGAAGAUGAAGAGGAGUAUGACGAAGAUGCUCAAGUAGUAGAAGAUGAAGAGGAAGAUGAGGAGGAGGAGGAAGGAGAAGAGGAGGAUGUGAGCGGGGAAGAGGAGGAAGAUGAAGAAGGUUAUAAUGAUGGUGAAGUAGAUGAUGAUGAAGAAGAAGAAGAAAUUGAAGAAGAAAAGGGGCAGAAGAGAAAACGAGAACCCGAAGACGAGGGUGAUGAAGAUGAUUAAACUGAAUAACCUAUUUUGAAAGUUUCCUAUUGUGAUUUGACUGUUUUUACCCUGUAUUCUUCUCCCCUCCCUCCCCCCCCAACUUAUUUUUUUCUGAUUGUAAUGUUGCUGUGGGAAUGAGAGGGAAAAGUGUUUUGGGUGGGCGAGGGAAAAUACUAUUUUUACUGCCACUCCUACUUUUCAUUUUUAAAAUUUUUUUGUCCCUUUUAGUUCCUGACUGUAAAUGCAAUAGUAAGUAUAAACCAAGUGGCAAUUUGUUUCUUAUUAUUGGAGUGGAUAGUUUGACAUCUUAAACUUAAGAUCACUAGAGGAUAUCCAAAGUAGGCAUACAGUCUGUUUUGAGACGGCUAAAUAUCUCUGGUUGUUGGGAUUUACCAUCUCUGCCAGUCACUAAGCAUAUUGUAAGCAUUUUUUGGGGGGGGAUGCUGCAGAUCUAGGCAAAGCAUCCAGUCCACAGCAACAGGAGUGAGAAUGGCAUAUUGAUAAAGUGAUUUCUUUGUUGCCUGUUUGUGAAUGACUGCCAUUUUCAGCCAAUGCUUUCCCUGCUUCUGUAGGUAACUCUUAUUUUGCUGUUUGUAAAUAGUGACCAAAUGUGUUUUUUGUUUUUCCUUUUGUUGAGUUCCUUUGGAUCUGGUUUAUGGGGUGACUACUUUGCAAUCCCCCUCUGUGUGUUGUGUUUUGGGGGUUUUUUUCCUUUCUAUUUUUUUUUUUUUUUUUUGGCCUGGGGUACAGCCAAUACACUGAAAAUGGCAGGCAUUUAAAUAUAUAUAUAAAUAUAUAUAAAAAAGUGUUCCUAAUUCCUGAGUUACUAGUGAAAUGAAUUUGAAAAUUGUAAUAAAAAAAUGUUUCAACCCUUUUAAAUAAGGUGUGUACUAUUUUGGUCUGUAAUAUAUAACGACCCUUAGUCAAUUUGAAGUGAUGAGAAACGACUUCCACUUGUGCUAUAUACUUUGAAAAUUUUUACAAACCUAAAUACAGGAGACAGUACAGCAUGUAGUGUAGAAGGUUUCUUUUCAUACACGCAAGCACGAAAUACUAAUACAAAAUUGUAUUUUCUUACCUAGUGGAAGUCAGUAAAAUGACUGAAAAUACCUAGUGAAUGUACAGUUUUACUUUCAUAUCCCUCUUUAAAAUAGCUUUAGAAGUGACUUGUAUUUCCUAGUCAAUAUUUCAUCUGUAUAAAUACAUUUGCAAGUUUUUUUUUCCCCAGAAGAGCCAAACUUUUGAGUUUUAUGUCUGUUUGUCAUUGAUGAAUUUCAAUAAAUCUUUUUAUACAA